AUUCGUAUACCUCAUAACGAAAACUUUGCCCUAGCAACAUAAAAACCAGCAGCCGGCAGUUGAUAAUAAUAUUCAUAUCGUCUCCUUCUGCAUCUCUCGUUCAUCUUCCUCAUCUUUUCUGCAUAUUUUACAGGGCUAAGUAAAUGGGCGGAAGGAGCUACUCGCCUUCUCCACCUCCCAGGGGUGGUCAUGGGAGAAGGGGAAGAAGCCCUAGUCCCAGGGGUCGCUAUGGCGGCGGCGGUGGUUAUGGUGGCGGUGGAGGCAGCCGUGGCCGUGAAAGCGAUCUUCCAACCAGUCUUCUUGUUCGCAAUCUUCGUCAUGAUUGCCGCCCUGAAGACCUCCGGAGGCCAUUUGGACAAUUUGGCCCCCUAAAGGACAUCUAUUUGCCAAGAGAUUAUUAUAGCGGGGAGCCAAGAGGGUUUGGUUUUGUUCAAUUUCUAGAUCCCGCUGAUGCUGCAGAAGCAAAAUACCAGAUGGAUGGUCAGGUUCUUCUCGGCCGACAGAUGACAGUUGUCUUUGCAGAGGAAAACCGCAAGAAGCCAACUGACAUGCGAAGCAGGGAAAGAAGAGGCGGUGGUAGGUUCAAUGACCGCAGGCGCUCACCACCACGUCGCUACUCCCGCUCACCGCCACGUCGCUACUCUCGAUCACGAUCUCACAGCCGUGACUACUCUCCUCCCCCAAAGAGAAAACAGCACACAAGGUCUGUUUCACCUCAAGAGAAAAGGCAUAGCCGAGAAAGGUCACUCUCACAGUCUCCGGUUAGAGAGCGGUCUCCACCUUAUGAUGGUUCUCCAAGAAGCCGCAGUAGGUCUCCACCUUACAACGGGUCAAGGAGCCAAAACCGUAGUCCUGAAAGGGAGCGGCUGCCAGCAAGGGACCGCAGUCCUGCAAGGGAGCGACGGGCACCAAGGGAUCUAAGCCGUAGUCGUAGUGCUAGCCCUGAUGCACGUGACUACCCCAGGGGUGAGCCAGAGAGGGACAUAUCUCCUAGUCCCUGAGCCUGAUGUGUUUGAAUGUGUUUUAAGCUUUGUGGUUAUGGUUUGUCACUUAUUUGGAGAAACUCAUGUUGCUAGACAAUGGUAACUGUACUCUUAUGGUGAUGUACUCUGAAUGUUUUGAUUUAUGAGAUUUUAUAAGUUAAGCACUCAUCCCUUUCUUAAUAGAUGAAUGUUUUGAUU